AUGUGCAUGUAUCAAAUCGUGAGGACGGCAGAGCCAGAGGUGGAAACACAGAUGCCUGCGGCUAUAGGCGACUCGUCUGAUGACUCCUCGUCUGAUGACGAGGCAUCAGCAGAGGUGGAAACACAGAUGGCUGUGGCUAAAGGCGACUCGUCUGAUGACGAAGCAUCAGCGCCAGCACCCAGCACUGCCAGGGGCCAAUGUGCAAUGUGGACCUGGCCUUGUCCUAGAUGCUACGCUGCCAACUUGCAUGACCGCGAGCGAUUAGGCAUGCUGAAGCCUGAAGACUGGUCCAAAGAGAAGGUUGCGCAGGAAAUGCGCUCGGCGCUGCAGCAGCUGAAGCUUUUGCCUCUUCUGAAGCAGCUGGUAGUUGUCUCCGAGCCCCAUGCCAAGUGGAAGCCAGAUGAAUCAGGACGAGAAGAGCAUAUGCGUGUGGUUCUGAAGAUGUCCUCCACCUUCGCGCAUGCAAGAGUGGGGGAUGUGCUGAGAGGCAAAGGAGCUCAUGGACAUUUUUCCUUUUCGAGAACAGGUUUCGCAGCGUACCUUGCGUACGUUCUCAAACCUGGACCAACCAAGCUCGUCAAGGACCUGGACGCAGAGCCGUAUUUUUGGCCGAGUCACUUUGACAUGCAAAAGGCUUUGGAAGUCAUCGAGAAGGUGCAACCAGCCCAGGCCAGCCGCCGACAGAACAAGUCCCAGGAGUUGUUGGAUGCUUUGCCAUCCAAGAAGCGCCGGAGGACCAUGACUUUCAGUGAGUUCACUGACUAUGUCAUCGAGUUUGACGUCCACGACGAGAGCGGGCUGUGGGGGCUGGCUAAGCGCCUCAAAGUGGACAAAGGCGAGGCAGCUCUUUGGAACUAUCUUGAAAGUCGAGGUCCUGCAACCAUGUUGGCCAAGGUUUGGAGCGGAUGGAACCAUGACAAGCUGCCUGCGAGCAUUUUGCAAUCCUCAGCAGCGUACUCUUUGACAGCCUUCAAUGUUCCACCACUUGUGGCGAAGUGGAUGCAGGAAGAGAAGGACAGCAAGGUCCUGGUCCUUUCCGGCCCAGGAGGGUGUGGAAAAACAGAACUCGGCUGUGCUAUCCUUCAUCAACUCACCACCAGGUUCUACUUCAUAGAUAAGUUCGAAAGCUUGAAAGCCGCGACUUUCAGCAGCGGCGAGUCUCUUUUGGUCGAUGACGUGACCUUGGCGCAAGUGGACGUGGACGAAUGCAAGUCGUUUUUGGACGCGUGCCAUGACGACCACAAGGACGCGAUCCAUCGCCGGAUGACUUGGGUUCGGGUUGACCAGAGUCUGCGCCGACUUGCAGCUGAAGCCCCACCAGCUGCUGAACCGGACGGCUUUCCCUUGAUUGGCGUGGAAGAUGAUGCUUGA